CUCAAUGUGCGAGCCUAUGGGAUUGGAUCUGAAAAUCACAUACAUAGAAUUCUUAUACCGUUAUACAAUUCUACAGUAUAUACGUAUAAUUUUUAUUUCUUUAACAAUUAUAGAGAAUACACCCUGCAAAAAGCUGUUCCCAAGAACUUUCUCGUUCUAAUUUUGUCAAUGGCGAAUUCAUACUGUGAUUAACCUCUCUCAAACGGUCUCUAUACGCACAUUUUUAUGUUUCAGCCACCUGAUACGUUUGAUUUGAAGUGGAGGCUUUAAUUUGUUGUUUUUAGAGUGGUUGAUUGUUGGAAUUGGCAGUUGAACUGUUUGUUUUAAAAUUGGCAUUCUCGUGGACGAAAAUUCUGGAGGCCUUUUCAGUUGGAGGGACCACUUGAGGCUAGUAGGCGAGGGUCUUGUUACCAAGGAUUCGAUAAUUGCGUGAUAAAUUAUGGUUUUGAUUGCUUAAUCGUGUCAUUUCACUGAAUGAUUUGCUGAUUGUGUGGUCUAGUUGAUGCUCGAGCGUGCUCUUUUCCAAUGCCAGUUGAUGUUGGUCGGAGUCUUGAUCAUAUGAUAUAUGGAAGAUUGUAUCUGAUGAUCGGUUACAGUUUUCGGAGUUCUUGGAGAUUAAUGUUGGAGCAAUAGCCCAUAAAGACUGGAUUUGUUGUACUAACUUUAGGAGAAGAUUGCAGAAAUUGGACAUGAGAAACUCCUGGUUCCAUAAACUAUCAUUGAUUUUCGGCCCUAGACCGCUACUCAACUGGUUACUUCUGUGUCUAGUUAGCAUCUUUGUUCUGAUUGCAUUAUUUGGAUCAUCUUACCCAAGUGCAUUUGAUUCUGCAAGUGCUUCUGUGAGAUCCGACAUCUAUGCGAACUAUAGAAGGCUAAAGGAGCAAGCAGCAGGGGAUUAUUUGGAGUUGAGGAAUCUGGUAACUGAUCAUGUGAAGGAUUUUGGUCUUUGUUGGAAGGAAAGAGAGAAUUAUGUGCCUUGCUAUAACGUGUCUGCAAAUCUGCUGGCUGGUUUUCAAAAUGAGGAAGAGUUUGAUCGGCACUGUGAAAUAUCACGAGAUCGACAUCACUGUUUGGUUCGUCCCCCGAAGGACUACAAAAUUCCUUUGACUUGGCCAACUAGUAGGGAUGUUAUAUGGAGUGGUAAUGUGAAGCUCAGUAAAGACCAAUUCCUUUCAUCUGGAAGCAUGACAAAAAGGUUAAUGUUGCUGGAAGAAAAUCAAAUUUCUUUCCGUUCAGACAAUGGGAUGAUUAUUGAUGGUGUCAGAGAUUACUCUCACCAGAUUGCUGAAAUGAUAGGAUUGGGAAGUGACACUGAAUUUCUCCAAGCUGGCGUGCGCAAUGUGCUUGAUAUCGGCUGUGGGUUUGGUAGCUUUAGUGCUCAUCUGCUCUCACUUAAGUUGAUGGCUCUCUGUAUGGCAGCAUAUGAGCCAACAGGUAGCCAGGUUCAACUGGCCCUUGAGAGAGGUCUCCCUGCAAUCAUUGGCAACUUCAUCUCAAGACAGCUCCCAUUUCCACCUUUGUCAUACGACAUGGUUCACUGCACUCAGUGUGGCAUUGUCUGGGAUGAUAAAGAUGGGUUGUUUCUUUUAGAAGUUGACAGAUUACUAAGGCUAGGAGGUUACUUUGUUUUAACCUCACCUAGAAGCAGGCAGCGGGGAAGUUCCAUGAACAUAAAGAAAGGAAGCAUGUCUAUUCCAUUUGAAGAAUUCACCCAAAAAAUUUGUUGGAAUCUUUUGGCACAGCAAGAAGAGACUUUCGUCUGGCAGAAAACUGCAGAUGCUCAAUGUUAUACAUAUAGCAAAAAAGGUACAUUACCACUUUGUUCAGGAGACGAUGCCCAUUCGUAUUAUCGACCGCUUCCACAUUGUGUAGGUGGGACAGAAAGCAAGCGAUGGAUCCCAAUUCAGAAGAGAUCUUUUGGGUCUCUUAGCUCUGUUGAGCUUGAAGUCCAUGGAGUUAAUCCUGAAGAUUUCUCUGAAGACAUGGAGUUCUGGAGAUCUGCUUUAAGAAAUUAUUGGUCAUUGCUUUCACCCUUGAUUUUCUCUGACCAUCCAAAGAGACCGGGAGAUGAAGAUCCGUUGCCUCCGUAUAAUAUGGUUCGGAAUGUUAUGGACAUGAGGGCCAAUUAUGGAGGUUUAAAUGCUGCAUUACUGGAAGCAAGAAAAUCAGUGUGGGUAAUGAAUGUUGUGCCAAUAAGUGAAUAUAAAACACUUCCUUUCAUCCUUGACCGAGGUCUCACGGGCAUCUUGCAUGACUGGUGUGAACCUUUUCCUACUUACCCUCGGACUUAUGACAUGCUUCAUGCCAAGGGACUCCUGUCACAUCUCGCUUUAGAGGGAUGCAGUAUGAUUGAUUUACUAUUCGAAAUGGAUCGUAUUCUUCGGCCGGAGGGAUGGGUUAUUAUUUCCGAUGAGGUUGGUCCUAUAGAAAGAGCACGAACGCUAGCUACACAGCUUCGCUGGGAAGCCCGUGUUAUUGAUCUUCAGAAUGGCAGUGACCAGCGGCUACUAGUAUGUCAAAAGCCAUUUUUGAGAAAAUGAUUUUCCAGUUCUAAAGCUCUCACCAUCCCUAGGACCAUCCAGUUUUUCGAACUCUGGAUCCAAGCCUGCGCAAUAUGGUCUCGAUGUGGACAGAGAAAUCAUCCAAGAAUAAUGGAAACAGAAAAUUUUGGAAGUUAUAGAUUAGAAGAAGGUUUGCUGCAGAAGUAUCCCAGUUCAGUUCAAGAAAACAAUGAAGAUGUUUCCCCUUCAAAAGGAGUAUAUUGUAGCAAAUCAUUCAUUUGUUCUCAAUUUUAUUCUUAUUUCCAUAUUUAUUUAUUAUUUUUGUAAUCGAAUUUUGCUUGUACUAAACAACCUUAAUUCUUGAUUUAAGAAAUGAAGAUCAUAAAUUUUACAAUUUCA